AUGACACAGAUGCGUGACCUUGGAGUGGUGGCGUUCUUCGGCCCUGAUGGUACCUGUCACACGGAGGCCAAACUAGCUGCAGCGUGGAAUCUGCCCAUGAUAUCACACAAAUGUGCUGGUGCUCACGGCUCAUUCGAGAAGGGUUCGGGUCUUGGAGCCACCUUCGCAAGGACCUUGCCUCCAGCCUAUAAAGCCAGCAAGUCAGUCGUGGCGCUCCUGAAGGCAUUCGGCUGGUCAAAGUUCGCUAUAGUAGCUGGUGAUGAGCUGACGGCUGCUGCACAGCAAUUGGAUGCCAUUAAGGAACUAGCCCAAUCUAACGGCAUGGUGAUCACAGCUGAACAUCGGUUCGCUGACUACAUUCCACGCCUGAUCUCUGAUAUGGAGAGAAUCGUGGACCAGACCUAUUAUAAAACGAGAGACCAUCUUGAUCUUGGCCAGAAUACUAGCAAUGACGUGUUGGCGUUCCGCGCUGUACUGAGACUCACGCCUUCAUUUCCGACUAAUCCUCACUAUGGGAUGCUGUGCCAGAUGAUAAAGAAGAUGUCAGCAGCGCCUCCAUUCUGCGUGCCCAACUACUACCACAAACUCUUCGAUGAUGCUUCGGCAUAG